UUGAUAGCUUCUUACUGCCACGACCAGCGAGGCUGCCCGUGCUAGCUAUCAAUGCCGUCUCCAUAAUCUCUGGACAUCAGGAAUAGCGUGCUCACUUAUCGCGACGAUGCAAUGGAGCAGAAUCCGUUCGGUGUCCCUUUGGACCGCUCAUCGGCGCACCCUUAUGACCUCGUUGUGUUUGCAAUCGGAUCUCAAGGCUCAAGCACAGGCCAGAAUAUCCCACGUCGACGCCGUCUCUCCCUUUUCGCCCGCAUUAAUUGACACUUUCCGCCGACGACACGACUAUCUACGUAUCUCUCUGACGGAGAGGUGCAAUUUGCGAUGUUUUUACUGCAUGCCUGAGGAAGGAAUCGAAUUGUCCCCUGAAAGUCAUCUUCUCACAAACGAAGAAGUUCUUCGUCUUGCGGCGUUAUUUGUUAAAAGUGGUGUUACAAAGAUACGAUUGACCGGCGGAGAACCAACAGUCCGAAAAGGUUUGAAUGAGAUCAUUGGUGGUCUGAAUGAACUGCGCCCAUAUGGUUUACGAUCCAUAGCUAUGACUACAAAUGGACUCGCUCUUCCAAGAAGACUUCCGGCCUUGAUUGACCAGGGUUUAACCCAUCUUAAUUUAAGCCUGGAUACUUUGGACCCGUAUAAGUUUGAGUUCAUGACUCGCCGAAGAGGCCACGAGGCCGUUCUGAAAGCUUUGGAUGUUGCCCUCGCCUCACGGGUACUUGUUUCUGUAAAGCUGAACGUUGUUGUCAUCAAGGGCCUCAAUGAUUCGGAGGUACUCGACUUCAUUGAAAUGACAAAAGAGCGAUUGCUGUCUGUCCGAUUUAUUGAAUUUAUGCCAUUCACAGGCAAUGCUUGGGAUAAACACAAGAUGGUUCCGUCAAAUGUACUUCUCGAUAAAAUCAUCUUGCGUCAUCCCGAUAUCGAGAGAGUUUCCGACGAUGCGAACGACACUGCACGUUCAUGGCGAGUACCUGGUUACAAGGGAACCUUUGGCUUCAUCAGUAGCAUGUCAGACCACUUUUGUUCCUCCUGUAAUCGCCUGAGGAUAACUGCAGACGGUCAGAUCAAGGUUUGCCUCUUUGAUGCGAAGGAAAUAUCUCUUAGAGAUGCGAUGCGAGACGGCGCCACCGACAACGAACUCCUUCAGGUGAUCGGCAAAGCAGUAUCUGGCAAACAGGAAAAACAUGCAAAUAUGGAAGAUAUUGAUGUAAUUACGAAUCGCCCGAUGAUUCUGAUAGGUGACAAGUCUUUGAUGGAUUUGGCCAUGUUUCUGAUUUUAUACCCACUGUCAGGUCCGUCUGCCUUUUCCUUUCCCCGUCUGUCAAGUCGGAAGGUCAACCUUAAACUGCAUGGUCUUCGAUGUCGGCACUACAGUUCCCCGGUCCCUCCAUCACUACCUCGUCUCACUCACAUCAAUGACCAGGGACGUACCAGCAUGGUCGAUGUGUCCUCGAAGGAAGUUACACAGCGUACUGCCACAGCAACCGGGCGUAUUUUCAUCCCUCUCGUUGCUUACGAACUCCUAACUUCGACGUACCCGGGCGGCGAAGAACCUUCGGCGGUCUUGGAGAAGGCAAAACAGAAAGUUCGCCGGAAAGGCGACACGCUUACUGUCGCACAGCUUGCAGCUAUAAUGGGGUCCAAGAAAACAUCAGACCUCAUCCCGCUUUGUCAUCCCCUUCAAUUGUCCAACGUUUCCGUAUCGCUGACACCCGAGUCACCAUCGCACGACAUCCAACGUCAUAGUGUUUUGUGUCGUGCGACGGUAUGUUGUGAUGGCAAAACUGGCGUAGAAAUGGAAGCUCUAACUGCUGUGUCAGUUGGAUUGCUGACUGUAUGGGACAUGCUGAAGGCUGUGGCCGGGAAGGAGAUGGAGAUCGGAGAAAUCGUUGUUAUGGAGAAGUCAGGUGGAAAGAGCGGGGAUUUCGUUCGAAAUGUAGAUACUCAUCAUGCACUGUCUAAAUGA